AUGUACAAGCUCAUCUGUCUCACGUUGUGUAUCACUGUUGCUGCAGCUUUUAACAGCUAUGGUAAUAGUUAUUAUGGACUGAGUAAUUUCGGCGGCUAUGGAGGAUUUGGCGGUGGCGGUUAUGGAGGUGGCUACUAUGGCUCAGGAUACGGAGGCCUUGGAAAUGGUUUCGGAUACGGGUCAGGAUUAGGAUAUGGUUUAAGCGGUUACGGAAGUGCUUACGGUUCCGGUUUGGGACACGGUGGCUACGGAUACGGUUCCGGCUAUGGUUCGAUAGGCCUUGGGGGCGGUUAUGGCUCAGGUAUUGGAUAUGGUUUUGGUGGUUCCGGUAUUGGAUAUGGUGGUUACGGAGGUAUUUAUGGCGGCAGUUUUGGUGGUAUUGGGUAUGGUGGUUAUGGUGGAAUCGGAAUUGGAAACUCUGGAAUAGGAGGGACUGGUUACGGAAUCGGUUAUGGGAGCUACAGACGUAGGGGUGGAAAAAAAUACGGCAGAUAUUAA